GGGUGAAUGCUCUCUCUAUUCAGCGCAUCUAGUUAAUAAAGGUUCGCUUUUUUUUACUCUUCUUUUUUCUCUUUGUCUCCCUUCAUUCUUUGUCUCUUCAUCUAUUUCAAUUCCUUCAUUGCCCUAAAUAAGCAAUCAAGUUUCAUCUCAUUCUAAUGGCCAUCCCCUCGGCUUAUCCUCGCACUCACGAUGAAGCGGCUUUAUUUGAGCCUUACACAUAUAUCUGCUCCAACCCUGGAAAGGAGAUCCGUACUCAGUUAAUUGAAGCCUUCAAUAUCUGGAUUAAGGUGCCUCCAGAAGAGUUGGCUAUCAUUACCAAAGUCGUCAAGAUGCUCCAUACAUCCAGUCUAUUAAUUGAUGAUAUCGAGGAUGAUUCGAUUCUGAGAAGAGGAGAGCCAGUUGCCCAUAAAAUCUUUGGAGUUCCAGCAACUAUCAAUUGUGCAAAUUAUGUCUACUUCUUAGCCCUCGCGGAAUUGACCAAGAUUCCAAAUCCAAAAAUGCUUACUAUUUUUACUGAGGAGCUAUUAUGUUUGCAUAGAGGACAGGGUAUGGAACUACUCUGGAGAGAUACUUUGACCUGUCCAACAGAAGAAGAGUUCAUCGCUAUGGUCAACGAUAAAACCGGUGGUCUCUUACGUCUGGCUGUAAAGCUUAUGCAAGCUGCGAGUAAUUGUCAAGUAGACUAUGUUCCUAUGGUAGAACUAAUUGGCAUCCAUUUCCAAAUCAGAGACGAUUAUCUCAAUCUUCAAUCUAAUCAGUAUACAGCAAACAAAGGUUUCUGUGAAGACUUGACAGAAGGAAAAUUCUCUUUCCCGAUCAUACAUUCAAUUCGCGCAGAUAAAAAUAAUCGGCAGCUGCUCAAUAUCCUUAAGCAGAAACCAACGACACCAGAACUUAAAGUCUAUGCUCUCAAUUUGAUGCACAAGACGAGAACAUUUGAGUAUUGUCGUGAAAAAAUGAGAUUUUAUGAAGCAAAAGCUCGCGAGGAAAUUCGACGACUGGGCGGAAACUCCAGAUUGGAGAAAAUUAUCGAUUGUUUGAGUAUUCCAGAUCUAACAAUCGAUGCUGCUAAAGAUGCACCAAUCGUUGUUGCGCCAUAGAAACCCAAGAACAUAGUGUAGUACAGGGCCUCAGCAGUACUUUUCGGUCCUCACAAAUAAAU